AAUUAAAGUAUCAUUAGCAACUGCAAAUCAUAUAAAUCUAUAUAAGCUUAAUUUCUUGAACAGUGGAAUUUAUAUUGAAAAGGUACUAACCGAAAAUGGGUUGUAAAUAUAUAAUAGUUAGUGUUUUGGUACUUGUGGGAUCUAUAUGCAGUCACGCUGAAUCAAAUAAAGUGAAUUUGGAUCCUUCUAUCUCUCUAGUGCCCUGUCUUGAAGAAGCAGGAAUGACAUUUGAACAAUUAGUAGAAAAACUAAAAGGCAUGAGUCAUGACGCUUUAUGUGUAGUGAAAUGCUCGUUCGUAAAGGCAGGAACCCUAGAUAAAGAUGGAAACGUAGACGUUAACUUAGUGUGGACCACCAUGGAAAAGCAUGGACUACUACGCCCGGAGAUCAAAAACAAGUUUACAGAAUGUUUGGAAUCAGCUGGAAAAAUAUUGAGUUGCGAUGAUGCAGAACAACAUGCGUAUUGUUUUCGGGAUGUAUUUAAUUUUUAAAUAUUUGUAUAUUACUUUUUUUCAUGAGUUGUGUAUGACUUGAGAGUUAUUUUCAAUAAAGCAUAAUAUUUUUUA